UAUUACCUGGUAUUCAUCAGAAAGGUGUGUGGUACUUAUGGGAGAGAACUCAAAGGUAAUACCUAAGUACCGGUGCUUGUUAUGGUGAAUCACACUAACAACCAGGUAAUUAUUAUGUAACUACUAGAUGAAAUGACCUAAGACAUUUGACUAUGUGUGUCUUUAAUAUAAGCAGGGUGACGUGGGUCAUUGGAAGCUCUGUGAUGCAACCUCACAUCAUGAUCAAAGACGCUUCUAAUAGGCCCCUAUUGUUUCCCGGAUAUUCACACUUAAAAACUGUACAUGAUGAUGCCUACCUUCCCCUCAGUCUUUUAUAGUGUCAGAUAGGCCUAGAGAAUCACAAAAGGCUACAAGUCACAUCAUGGGUCCCAUCUUUCGUAUGAUAUUCACAGUAACAGCAGGUGUACUGGCCAUCUCAGAGGAAAUAGCUGUCUACCCCGCCAUGCUUUUUGGAUCAAAGUCUCAAGUUAGAAAGGGAGAUACUAUAGUUUUGAAGUGUAAGAUCUCUGGCAUCAAAAGAUCCUGGGACAAGGUUCAUGUGUACAUUUGCAAGAAUGGAGUUGGGAUGAAAAUGAAGGUUCUGGAGAAAGGGGCAGGUGAUACCAUUUUCACCAUGAAGGAUGUUACAAGAAAUGACUCAGGCACCUACAGCUGUGUCUACACCAGAGAUAAACUCGCACCCAGUCAGGUGUUCUCAACAGGCAAGGAUUUAGUAGCCAUCCAGGUCAACGAAGAGGCUGCACAUGAUGUGAUACUGGUCAAUGUAAUCCGACUGAUAAGUUCAGCUGUUGUGGUCAUACUUCUGCUGACUGUAGUGGCUGUUAGUUCAUGCUGUUCAAAAACAGAGAAAAGAGCCAAGCAGCGACUGCCCAAGGAAGAUACUUGAGGCACUGAAGCUAAAAAGGACUACUACAGUAUGUACUGUAAUCUGCCAACCUGGUCCAAUGGUACAAUUUGACGGUGACCCCAAGGGGCAAGUUUGCUUUACAGGGACAGCCUUUUGUCGAGAAAAUGUGGGAAAUGAAUGAGCAACCUACAAUCAAUAACCAAUGAUACUUUUCUCAAUGGUUAUUUGUAGUACUGUUUUUGGCUUUAUCUGCUAUACAUGUGUUGUAACAUUACCUGAUGCUAUGGGGUAGUGACGUUCACUGUAAAGGAAUUAAUUCAGAAUAUAUUGACAGAAUGCUUAAGAAUGUAUAUAGUUUGUUUAUUGGUAUAAUUAAGCAAUAAGGCACUAGGGUGUGUGGUUUAUGGCCAAUAUACCACGGCUAAGGGCUGUUAUUAUGAAUACCAUAUAGCCAUAUAUCACAAAUCCCUGAGGUGACUUAUUUCUAUUAUAAACUGGCUACCGGUGUAAUUA